GGGUUCAAAGAAAGAAACUCCUGCGGAGGAGGGCGGGAAAUCUGCCGCGGUGGCGUUCACAGCGACGCUUUAUUACAUUGCAUGCCCUGAGCUGAGGCAUAUAUCACCCACUCCGUAACUCCCACACCGUAGCAGAUCCUAGAGAUCGCCCAUACACACACACAUACGCGUCCCUCAGCCCAUCGCCCGGACACCAUGACUUCCGAUCUUCACACUUCACCUAAUGGCCCAUCACACGACCAAGCUGCUGGGCAAACAAGCGCUCCAGUAAGCUCUGGCACUACACCAUCGUCAAACCAGGCCAAUGUCGGCGCCGAGCAUAGGACAGACGCCAUUGAGCGACUGUCAUCUGUAGACAAUGCAUCGUCGCGGGGAGCCAAGGACGAUGUCACCAUCGUCGUCAAGAACGAUCCACUCGAUCUCCGCAAACACGUUCGAGACGAUGUGACUCAGAAACAGAUGAAGAGUGACUAUCCACUCGCCAAGCCCAGGCACAUGAAGAAGUUCUACACAAGACAGAAUGCCUUGAUCGAUCAGUUCCUUCAGAGUGGAGAUGAAGAACGCUUGGCUGCUCUUGACAUGGUCGAGAAUGGACCCAAAGUCCGCUUCGCCGUGAACGCUUCGUUCAUCGUCAACUUUUGCUUGUUCAUCAUCCAGAUGUAUGCAGCCGUUUCCACGGGUUCGUUGUCGCUGUUCGCGACAGCUGCGGACGCCUUCAUGGACUUGGUCUCGUCGGUGGUUAUGCUCAUAACAUCUCGCAUGGCAGCACGGCCAAGCGUUUACAAGUACCCCGUGGGGCGGACACGUAUCGAGACGAUCGGUAUCAUCAUGUUCUGCUGUUUAAUGACAACGGUAGCUAUUCAGCUCAUCAUCGAGUCUGGGCGCUCCUUGGCUGGCGGUGCCACGGAAUCUGAGGAACUCCACAUUAUCCCCAUCGCUUUCGUUGCGACAGCCAUCUUCUGCAAAGGCUCACUAUGCGUCUACUGCUUCAUCUACCGACGCUACCCCGCUGUCCAUGUCUUCUUCAUCGACCAUCGCAAUGACAUUAUCGUCAAUGCCUUUGGUCUUGCCAUGUCGAUCGUCGGUAGCCGCGUCGUCUGGUAUGUCGACCCUAUCGGUGCUAUUCUCAUCGGUCUUUUGAUCUUGGUUUCUUGGGCUGCCAAUGCUUUCGACCACGUCUGGCUGCUUGUCGGCAAGUCAGCACCAAAAGACUACAUCAGCAAGUUGAUCUACAUGGUUGUCACACACGACGACAGGAUCCAGAGAGUCGAUACUUGCCGCGCGUACCACGCUGGACAGAAUUACUACGUUGAAGUAGACAUUGUCAUGGAUGAGGGUCUACCGCUUAAGGUCACUCAUGACGUCUCGCAGACCCUGCAGAGGAAGCUCGAAGGUCUUGCCGAUGUUGAGCGAGCCUACGUGCACGUCGACUACGAAAGCGAGCACGACAUCUUCGAGGAGCAUAAACCUCUCUACGAAGUCACGCAGUCCAAGACCAUCAAGGAGCGCGUCAAGGCGCUCCGCUUUCUUUUCAAGAAAAACGAGAAAGGUGCUUAAGCAUCGACACCUGUACACCAUGUAUUUCUACGGUGCCAUUGGCAUCAAAAGUUUACGUUUCCCUUUGCGUCAUUUAUACCCCAGCGCAGCAAUAUACAAGGCCGCUGUUGUUACUGUUAAUGCAAAUGUUAUUGUUAAUGAGACACA